AUUUUUUAAAGGUUCACCAAAAAUACAACUAGACAGUAAGGGACGAGAGGAGUAGAAAUUGACAAUGAUGAAUGGAUGAUAAUGUCUUUGGUUUUGCUGGUCGAUGCCUCUUACAAGUAGACUAUCAGAGUAUCAAUGCUUCAUAGCUGCUCCAGAUAAAUGCAAAUGCAGGUGCUACCAAUUUCAGCGUGUUGCGUUAUUCUUUCUACCACCACUACCAACAACAAUGUCUCCAAAUCCCUAGGCCGGAGAGAGCUGUUCUUCGAUGGCGUUUCAUCGGCUUAUACCCAACCUUCUUCUUCACCCCAGAGAAUUGACAACUGUGGUAAUCAUAAUUUAGUUGAUGAUGAAUUUCGGUCCAAUUUUCCGUCCACAACUAAGCGGGCUUUGCUUCGGAGUUUUGGGGCUCUUUCUUGUUAUUUUCUUUCAACCUAUUUUCCAGCUUAUGCACUAGGUGAUCCAUCUGUGACAGUUGAAGAAGUAACACCCUCAGUUUUCCCUUCUAGUCCUCUGUUACCUUCUGAGGAAAGAGUUGUUCAGCUAUUUGAGAAGAAUACUUAUUCUGUGGUGAAUAUCUUUGAUGUAACAUUGCGUCCUCAACUGAAUGUUACUGGCAUGGUUGAGGUUCCUGAAGGAAAUGGUUCAGGAGUAGUCUGGGACGAACAGGGUCACAUUGUCACAAACUAUCAUGUAAUUGGUAACUCACUUUCGAGAAAUCCUAGCCCUGGAGAAGUUGUUGCACGCGUAAACAUCUUAGCUUCUGAUGGGGUUCUAAAGACCUUCGAGGGUAGGCUAAUUGGAGCUGAUCGAGCAAAGGAUCUUGCUGUCUUGAAGGUAGAAGCAGCUGCAGACCUGUUGAAACCCAUCCAUGUGGGACAAUCAUCCUCCCUUAAAGUUGGUCAACGGUGUUUGGCAAUUGGAAAUCCUUUUGGUUUUGACCACACUCUCACUGUUGGUGUUAUUAGUGGAUUAAAUCGCGAUAUCUUUAGUCAGAACGGAGUUACAAUUGGUGGAGGUAUUCAAACAGAUGCAGCAAUAAAUCCUGGGAAUAGUGGAGGACCUCUUUUAGAUUCAAAGGGAAAUUUGAUUGGGAUUAAUACGGCUAUAUUUACUCAAACUGGUACCUCAGCUGGGGUGGGGUUUGCAAUUUCUUCCUCAACUCUGCUCAAGAUCAUACCUCAAUUAAUUGAGUUUGGCAAAGUUGUUAGAGCCGGUCUAAACAUUGAGAUUGCGCCAGACUUAAUAGCGAAUCAGCUAAAUGUUCGGUAUGGAGCUCUUGUGUUGCAGGUUACUGUGAAUAGUUUAGCAGCCAAGGCAGGAUUACGUCCCACAACAAGGGGUUUUGCUGGGAAAAUCAUUCUGGGCGAUAUAAUUGCUGCGGUGGACAAUAAACCUGUAAGAAACAAAGCUGAUUUGAUGAGAGUACUGGAUGAUUACGGUAUUGAAGAUGAAGUGAUUUUAAAGAUUAUGAGGGAUAGUGAAAGCUUAGAGGUGCCACUAAAAUUGGAGGAAACUAGCUCGUGAUUCAUCGCGCUUGAUAGUCUACUACAUUUCUAUUUUUUCGUUUUUCUGUCAAUGGAUUAAGGUUCCUAUUUUUUCAAAUAUGCUAGAUUGUUACCAUGAAAAUAACUCUCCAGUUUAUUGGAAGAUUCAGAUUAUAAGCAA